AUGCCCAGCAGUAUUAUCCUCCCCUCCCCGCGCUCCGCUGCCACAUAUUGGCGCGAGAUGCUUGAAACCGCCACUUGCGUGUUCUUCCAGGACACCUCCGGUGGCGUUCGCGAGUUCCACUACGUCAACAACGCGCGGGGCGGCGGUAAAGCCUGCGACGUGAAGUUCUACGCAAAGCAGGGUCUGCACUGGCAAUCAUAUCCUGAAUCGAAGGGCUUGGUCGACGCUCGGGUGUACUACAAGGCUCCGUACCACAGCGGCAUCUGCGAAGGACAGUAUAUCGAGUUUGAUAGGACAUGGAAGCCCAUCGCUCUUCCGGUAUGGGACGCGGCCGAGGCGACUAGUAUUGCGGCCGUGGUGCGCGAGCCGAAGAUAUGGGUCUUUUACCAGAAUAAAGGCGACGUUGUCCGGGAGGUGGUCCGCGAUAGUGGGAAUUGGGACGCAAGGGGUUAUGGCUGUCGGCGAGGAAGGGGGCGCCGUUGGCGGCGGUGGUGA